GGCCGCGCGUGCCUUCGCAGUGGGCCCCGCCGUGCGGGCCGGGGGGGCGCGGGCGCCGCGCGGCGCCCGAGGCGAAAAAGUAGCUGUCAAAUGCGCGGCGCCUUUAACCGGCGCGAUCAGUGCGGCUCGGCGAGUCAUGGCGACCGCAGCCUCCAACCACUACAGCCUGCUCGCCUCCGGCUCCCCCAUGGUGCACGCCGAGCCGCCCGGCGGCAUGCAGCCCGGCGGCGGCUACCGCGACGCCGGCGCCCUGGUGCAGGCGGACUACGCGCUGCAGAGCAACGGGCACCCGCUGAGCCACGCUCACCAGUGGAUCGCGGCGCUGUCCCACGGCGGCCCCGGCGGUGGCGGCGGCGGCGGCGGCGGCGGGGGCGGCGGCGGCGGCGGCGGCGGCGAGGCGCCCUGGUCGGCGGGCGCGCUGGGCCAGCCCGAUAUCAAGCCGGCGGUGGUGCAGGCGGGCGGGCGCGGCGACGAGCUGCCGCCGCCGCCGCAGCACCCGCCGCCGGGGCGGGCGCCGCACCUGGUGCACCACGGCGGCGGCGGCGGAGGGCACCACGCGGCGGCGGCGGCGGCGGCGGCGGCGGCGGCGUGGCGGGCGGGCGGCGCGGCGCACCUGCCGCCCGGCAUGGCCGCGGCCAACGGCGCGCAGGCGGGGCUGCUCUACUCGCAGCCGCCCGGCUUCACCGUCAACGGGAUGCUGGGCGCCGGACAGCCGGGGCUGCACCACCACGGCCUGCGCGACGCCCACGAGGAGCCGCCGCCGGGGCCGCCGCACCACGGCCCCGAGCACCCGCCGCCGCCCCAUGGCCCCCACCCCGGGGCGGCCGGGCCGGCACCGUCCGCCGCCGCCGCCGCGCCCCCCGGGCCGCCGCCGCACCACGACCCGCACUCCGACGAGGACACGCCGACCUCGGACGACCUGGAGCAGUUCGCCAAGCAGUUCAAGCAGCGGCGCAUCAAACUGGGAUUUACCCAAGCGGACGUGGGGCUGGCGCUGGGCACCCUCUACGGCAACGUCUUCUCGCAGACCACCAUCUGCCGCUUCGAGGCCCUGCAGCUCAGCUUCAAGAACAUGUGCAAGCUGAAGCCUUUGUUGAACAAGUGGUUGGAGGAGGCGGACUCCUCCUCGGGCAGCCCCACCAGCAUAGACAAGAUCGCGGCGCAGGGCCGCAAGCGGAAAAAGCGCACCUCCAUCGAGGUGAGCGUCAAGGGCGCGCUGGAGAGCCACUUCCUCAAGUGCCCCAAGCCCUCCGCCCAGGAGAUCACCUCGCUCGCGGACAGCCUACAGCUGGAGAAGGAGGUGGUGAGAGUGUGGUUUUGUAACAGGAGACAGAAAGAGAAGCGCAUGACUCCCCCGGGAGGGACGCUGCCGGGCGCCGAGGACGUGUACGGGGCCAGCAGGGACACGCCGCCGCACCACGGGGUGCAGACCCCCGUGCAGUGAACUCGCGG